AUGGAGCGAACCAACUUGUAUCAAGUGUGGAACCAAGUGGGGUCUUUGCUAUGCCCCAUUAUGAAAAACGCGUAUAGCCUCAUGUCGACAUGCCUCAAAAUGGUGAGCACCUAUAUAGUAAAUUCCCCACAGAGUGCCAACUUUACACAAUACUACGAGGAGAGAUUCGGAAGGAGGCAUGCGAACUUCUUUCAAGGAAGUUUAAGUGAUGCCAUCAGGGUGUCCAUACAGCAGGGGAAGUUACUACUCGUGUACCUCCACACGGAGAAUAGCAAUGGGACUUAUUUCUGCGAAUUUAUUUUUAAGAAUGAGGAAGUAAAGUCCUUUUUGGACAAUUCGUGUGUUCUCUUCGCACUGGACAUUACCAAGGGGGACGUCCGGGAGCUCGGCAACGUGUUGAACGUGUGUGUGCUGCCCCAAAUGAGUGUCAUCCAGACGUGUUACGUAAAAGAAUUUGAAGAGCUCUCCAUCAUUUAUGGCAACCCCUCAGUUAGCAAUAUUUUAAAUACCGUAGCUAACUGCAUCGAGACGAUGAAUAUGAAGAAGGCAAGCCAAAGCAAAGAAAAAGAUAAAACGUAUACAGAUCGAUUGCUUAGAGAGGAACAGGAUAGGGAAUACCAGGAGGCUUUGAGGCAGGACCAACUUAGGGCUGAAGAGAAGAGGAGACAGGAGGAGGAAAAAAAGAAAAAGGAAGAAGAAAAAAAGAAAAUGAUGAGUCAGAAAAAAGACGUCAAACUUAGUAGAAGGGAAAGGGCUCGUAGAUUCCCUUUGCCAAUUAAAAGCAAUGAGAAGGCUACCAGAAUUUGCGUUAGACUACCCAAUGGAAUGAAAAUCCAAAGCAACUUCAGCUUGAAUCAUACCGUGGAGGAUGUCUAUGAGUGGGCCGAGUGCGCUGAGUUCAUACGCCCCGACGCCCGGGGGAUCAAGGGGGGAGAGAUUACCGUUCCCCUCAGGUUCCAGCUGAUAUGCGGCCACACCAAGGAUGUUCUGCAGCGCACGAGAGAGACGCUGGGCGAGUUUGACCUUUACCCCAGCGCGGUGCUCAACAUGAAGUCGCUGGACGCCCCCUCUGAUGGGGGGUCCAGUGCUGGGAUGGCAUCGGAAUAG